GGCGGCGGGACCGGCCCAGGUGGGAAGAAUGAAAGAAAAGAGGGAUGAAAGAAUGUUGAACCAUUUUGUAUGGCUGUAUAAUGGAAGGAAACAGUUCGGAGAACCUCUGCAAUAGAUCUUUUGGGUGGCUUCAGCGACAAGAUAAUGAUGUUAAACCAUGGCUGUGGAAAUUCUCUAAUUGCUUUUCUGCUACUGGAAAGACUUCACCUUGCAAUACAGACACGAAAGAUUACAUGGAGAACAACAAAACUGCUGUGGAAUUGAAGGAUGCUCCAUCUCCUCACCAUGCUAGCUCUAAACUCUUUCCAGCAGUACCACUUCCUGAUGUUCAUCCUAUUCAUCAACAGCAAAUACAACUUUCACCUGCCCCCAAAGUAAGCUGUUGCACUCACGGCUCUGACUCUUCCUGCACGUCUCAGUUGCAUUUUGGUAGUGGUGGUGGUAGCUUGAUUCACCCUGGCACAAUAUUAGACUCUCAAAGCACUGGGACAAUUACUUGUCAGAUAGGGUCAGGGUUUGCUUAUCAGUCUGCAUCUUCGCUCAAGAACGCUCCAGCUAGAAGCAGUUUGACAGGCAUUACAAAUGACUUCCCUGGCAUGUGCAUAGAAAAUAAUGUAUCUUCCUGUCAACAUCUGCCUUGUUGUGGAAAACUCCAUUUUCAAUCCUGUCAUGGUAACAUGCACAAACUGCAUCAAUUUCCAGCCCUUCAGAGCUGUCCAUCUUCUGGCUAUUUUCCCUGUUCUGAAUUCACAAGUGGGGCUGCAGGGCACUUGGAGGAGCACAUUACACAAUCGGAGCUAACAUCACGUGUGUGCGCCAACUCUUUGCACCUAAAUAUGGCACCUUCGGUUUAUUUAAAGGGCUCUCACUACUGCAAUGACUGCUUAAGCAAGCCAACCAGAAAUAGUUUAAUUGAUCCUGCUAAAGUAUGGCCAAAUAUUCCUCCUCCAAGUACUAAGACUGCACCCAUCUCUAUCCCAAUAUGUAAUGGCUGCGGAACCAAAGGAACGGCAAAAGAGACGCGUUUAUUACUGGCGAGCAGCCUGGGCAAAUCUCCACAGGAAUAUGGAUCUCCAGAAGUUGCAGUAACUGGCCAGUUACUAGAAAACUUGCCCCCCAUUGGAGUCUUCUGGGAUAUUGAAAACUGCUCAGUUCCGACUGGCCGUUCAGCUAUUGCAGUUGUACAACGAAUUCGUGAGAAGUUUUUUAAAGGUCACAGGGAAGCAGAAUUCAUCUGUGUGUGUGACAUCAGUAAAGAAAAUAAAGAAGUUAUCCAAGAGCUAAACAACUGCCAGGUGACUGUUGCACAUAUCAAUGCCACAGCAAAGAAUGCUGCUGACGACAAACUGAGACAGAGUCUUAGAAGGUUUGCUGAUACUCACACUGCACCUGCCACUGUGGUUCUUGUCUCAACUGAUGUAAAUUUUGCUUUGGAACUUAGUGACUUGAGACAUCGGCAUGGUUUUCAUAUAAUUUUGGUACAUAAAAACCAAGCUUCAGAAGCACUGUUACAUCAUGCUCAUCAGCUUAUCCGUUUCGAAGAAUUUAUUUCAGACUUGCCACCAAGGUUACCAUUGAAAAUUCCUGCAUGCCAUACACUGUUAUAUGUUUACAACUUGCCAACGAACAGAGACAGCAAAAGCGUCAGCAACAGACUCAGGCGUUUGUCUGACAACUGUGGAGGGAAAGUGCUAAGCAUUUCUGGAAGCAGUGCAAUUCUUCGCUUUUUAAACCAAGAAAAUGCUGAGCGUGCUCAGAAGCGAAUGGAAAACGAAGAUGUGUUUGGCAAUAGAAUUAUUGUGUCUUUUACCCCAAAAAACAAAGAACUCAGCGAAACAACGAAAAGUUCAAACUGUGUUGGAGUGGAAAAGAUGAAGUCUCCAAAAAAAGUGAACAAGAACACAAAGCUGUGCCUCCUCAGCAAAGACUCAAGUGACCAGUCUUCUAGUGCCAAAACCACUGCAGGGAAAGGAUUGCAGAUGCAUGGCACUGCCACAAAAGCUGCAAAUGUUAAAAGUUUACAGGAGCUGUGCCACCUUGAAUCAAAAACUAUCAGUAGAAAUAUUGAAAACCAGCAAGACCAGUUAAGAGGACAAAUUCCUGCACAGAAUAACUCUAAACCUGUGUGUCCAACAACCAAAAAAGUAGGAACAGGAGAAUCUACCUGUAAAAUCAACCAGAAUAAAAAAGAGACUGUUGUUCCCAGAAGCAUUAGCAACUCUCCUGUAGAAAGAAAAGAUAAAGAUGAAACAGUAUUCCAAGUCAGUUACCCUUCUGCUUUCAGUAAGCUAACAUCAUCACGACAGCUGAGUCCUCUGUUUAUGUCCCAGAGCUGCUGGUCAUCUCGGAGUAUGUCUCCAAACCUUUCAAACAGAUCAUCCCCACUCACCUUCAAUAUUAUAAAUCAGACCAGUGGUACGGACUCUCCUGAUCCUUUUGCAAAUGGUGCAGAUAUUCAUAUCAGCAAUAUAGACUACAGGUUGUCCAGAAAAGAGUUGCAGCAAAUUUUGCAAGACAUUUUCUCUAGACAUGGCAAGGUAAAGAAUGUAGAGCUCAGUCCUCAUACAGAUUACCAACUGAAGGCUACAGUUCAAAUGGAAAAUCUGCAAGAAGCAAUUGGGGCUGUCAACAAUCUUCACAGAUAUAAAAUUGGCAGCAAAAGAAUUCAGGUCUCUCUAGCAACAGGAGCUGCUAAUAAAUCUCUGUCCCUUCUUAGUUCAGAAACAAUCUCUAUUCUUCAGGAUGCUCCUGCUUGUUGUCUGCCUAUAUUCAAGUUCACAGAAAUCUAUGAAAAGAAAUUUGGACACAAGCUAAUUAUAACAGAUCUAUAUAAAUUAACGGAUACUGUGGCAAUCCGUGACCAAGGAAAUGGACGAUUAGUAUGUCUUCUACCCAGCAGCCAAGCACGGCAAAGUCCUUUAGGAUCUUCGCAGUCUCAUGAUGGCUCAUCAGCCAACUGCAGUCCUAUAAUAUUUGAAGAGUUGGAGUAUCAUGAACCCAUUUGCAAACAACACUGCCUGGAUAAAGACUUCAGUGAACACGAGUUUGAUCCAGACUCCUACAAAAUUCCUUUUGUAAUUUUGUCUUUGAAGACAUUUGCACCACAAGUCCAUAGUCUGCUGCAGACACAUGAGGGCACUUUGCCUUUACUAAGUUUUCCUGAUUGCUAUACUUCGGAGUUCAGCGAUCUAGAAAUAGUACAGGAAGGCCAGGGAGGAGUUCCCUUGGAGCAUCUCAUCACCUGUGUUCCUGGAGUUAAUAUUGCCACUGCUCAAAACGGCAUUAAAGUUGUUAAAUGGAUACACAACAAACCACCACCCCCUACUACAGAUCCAUGGCUGCUUCGAUCUAAAAGCCCUGUAGGUAACCCACAGCUUAUUCAGUUCAGUAGAGAAGUGAUUGAUCUACUUAAAAGCCAGCCAUCCUGUAUCAUACCUGUCAGUAAAUUCAUCCCAACAUAUCACCAUCACUUUGCAAAACAGUGCCGUGUGUCUGACUAUGGGUAUUCCAAGUUAAUGGAGCUGCUGGAAGCAGUGCCUCAUGUACUGCAAAUCCUUGGCAUGGGCUCCAGACGCUUGUUGACCCUAACGCACAGGGCCCAAGUAAAACGUUUCACUCAAGAUUUAUUGAAACUUCUUAAAUCCCAGGCCAGCAAACAAGUUAUUGUGAGAGAAUUCUUACAGGCUUAUCAUUGGUGUUUCUCUAAAGAUUGGGAUGUUACUGAAUAUGGAGUAUGCGAGUUGGUGGAUAUAAUAGCAGAAAUUCCAGAUACAACCAUCUGUUUGUCUCAGCAGGACAAUGAAAUGGUAAUAUGCAUUCCCAAAAGAGAACGCACUCAAGAAGAAAUGGAAAGAACAAAACAGUUCUCCAAGGAGGUAGUUGACUUGCUGCGUCAUCAACCUCAUUUCCGAAUGCCCUUUAAUAAAUUUAUUCCUUCUUACCACCACCACUUUGGCCGUCAAUGCAAACUUGCUUAUUAUGGGUUUACUAAGCUCCUUGAACUCUUUGAAGCCAUACCAGAUGUCUUACAAGUGUUAGAAUGUGGAGAGGAAAAAAUUCUUACACUUACAGAGGUGGAACGAGUCAAAGCUCUUGCAGCCCAGUUGGUUAAACUGCUGCGGUCUCAGAAGGAUAACUGCCUUAUGAUGACUGAUUUACUUACAGAAUACAGUAAAACAUUUGGUUAUGCGUUGCGUCUUCACGACUAUGAUGUCAGCUCAGUUCCAGCUUUAAUGCAAAAACUUUGCCAUGUUGUAAAGGUUGGUGACACAGAAUCUGGCAAACAGAUUCAGCUGAUAAAUAGAAAGUCUCUUCGGACUCUGACUGCACAACUGCUGGUGUUGCUGAUGUCUUGGGAUGGCACCUCCUUUCUUUCUGUUGACCAGCUUAAAAGGCGUUAUGAAACUAUCCACAGUACUCCCCUUAAUCCAUGUGAAUAUGGAUUUAUGACUUUGACUGAACUGCUAAAGAGUCUGCCUUAUUUAGUUGAGGUUUUUACUGAUGAUGCAGAAGAAGAAUAUGUGAAACUUACUUAUCUAUAUACGUUUGCAAAGAAUGUAAGGUCCUUGCUUCAUACCUAUCAUUAUCAGCAGAUCUUCCUUCAUGAGUUUCCCACAGCCUAUAGUAAAUAUACAGGAGAAGUAUUGCAGCCUAAGGCAUAUGGCUAUAAUAGUCUAGAAGAACUCUUGGGAGCAAUUCCACAGGUGGUCUGGAUAAAAGGACAUGGUCAUAAGAGAAUUGUAGUACUAAAGAAUGACAUGAAAACUCGUUUUAGCUCACCCAGUUUUUCCCCUGCUGAUUAUGUGGACGAUCAUGGAAAUCAAUUUGCUGAUCAUAAUGAACAUAUGGAGAUUCCAGGAUCCUCUGCAUCAAUGGAACUAAAACUAGGAACACCUACCAAUGUUGCUAAUCAAACUGAGCAAGAACUUCUUUGCCUCACACAUACGUCCCCUAUUGACCUCUUGUGUGAGCCAGUUCCUUCAUGUUUACCUUCUCCACAACUGAGACCUGAUCCAGUGAUUCUUGAGUCUGCUGACCUCAUUCAGUUUGAAGAGCGUCCCCCACCUCUCUCUGAAAUUAUGAUUUUAACUGAAGAAGAAAAACAGAGGAUCAUCACCACCACAGUAGUGCAAGAAUUGCCCCACAGCUCUGUAGUACCUGCAGCCACAGAGAAUACUUCAGUGCCUCCCAGUCAGUCUUCUGAAACCCAACUAAGCAAGGAAGCAAUGGACAGCCCAGCCAAAAAACAACACAAAAAUAAAGUAAAAUUGGCAGCAAAUUUUUCACUUGCACCUGUAACCAAGCUUUAAAUUUUCCUCUAGUGUGAAAGACAAAUGCUGUUGGACUCUGCACAAAAUAAAGCUAACUGCUAGCCCUUAUGUAUUUUAAUGAGGAGGACUAGAAGAGUCACUUAGUUUGUAUUAGAUGCAUUCUGUGAAGAUUUUUGUUUCUUUUACACUGAACACAGCUGUCAGCAGGGCAGACUUUUUUAUUAUUUUGAAAAAAAUAUUUCCAGCAUUCAUUAAAUUAUUCUUAAAAUUUUACAGUUUUUUUCAUAAACUGGUGGUGUUCAGUAAAACAAAAUAGAAACUCAACUAGAAUGGAAUGGAUUUUAUUUUCUUUAAGCCUCGGUGGUGUAAUCCUACAUGUAGUAUAUUAUAUUCUAUAGGAUGUUGCUUACUGGUAUUGUUUCAGACAGUAUUAAUAAAAUGCAUGAUCCGUCUUUCAGAAGACCAUUGAACAAAUAUAACUUGCUGGACUGGAAUGAGUGAGCAGUUAUUGAUUGUACUAAGGCGGGGAAAUUUGUUAUUCGCAGCUUGGUGACUUGUAAUUGCAUUGUGAAACCUUUCACGUAAAGAUGUCUGUAGAAGGUUAUAUGGAUUUUUUGGAAGAUUUGUUUUAAAUGUUUUCAGUAACUUUCAUUCUGUUUAGGAGCUUUCUAGGAAGUUGAGGAUGUUUUAAGCUUCCCUUUUAUGUUUAAUUCUGGUUUGACAGGAAUUAGGUUAAGGAAAGAAAAGAUUGUCUUGGUGUCAUAAGUUUAAGGUAGAAUAAAGACACACUUUUAUUGUGUCUAGAAAUGAAGUUACUAGAAAGAUUCCAAUAUUUCUAAAAUAUGCAUUUAAUGCAUAAAUUAUGGAUCAUAGAGGUGAUAUAAAGUGCUUUAAGAUGGAAUAAUUGAUGCUAUUUCCACUUGCAAGGAAAGCUCUAGCUGUGGAAUUGCCAAGGUUGUUCUGCUUAACCUUGUUUUUCUAUUUUUUUAAGCAUGUUGAUAAAUGGGAAGCUUACUCUGUUGCGCCGUUUUUUAACUGUGUCUGUUUUUAUUCAAAAACUUACUCCUAGUAUUGGAAGCAUUUUGUUUUUCUCCCCUAUUUUUUUUGUGGUAUUUUGUGGGCUUUUGGAAUGUCCAGCCAUUGCAAAGGAGGUAAGCCAGUGGGAUGACCUUUUAUUUCUAGUUAGCUGAAAUGCCCAGUGAAGGGAGGCUUUAUACCCAUUUUGGGUAACCUCGGCAUUUACAAUGGAUUGUAUUUGUCAGGCAAAGAAUACAUUUGAAAGAACCCAUGUGCAAAGGUUUACCACUGGUCGAAUGGCUUCUGUUUUUGAGAUGUGUUAUUUGUAACUUGUAGAGAUGGAAAGUGGCUCCAGUUUCAUAGCCAGCAAUUGAAAAUGCCACUAAAUAAUGGCUAUAAACAGAAUUUUACAAGUCAGAUUUUGUUAAAAAUCUUUUAAAUAUAGCCACUAUUACCAAUACUAAAUGUAUAGCCAUUGUGAAUGCAGAGAAACACUUGGAAGUUUUUCUGAGCAUUUUGGCACAGUAUUUGAGUCCGUACUUAAACCUCUACAGAUGUAGUGUUAUUGAAAGCAAAAUAUAGCCUUUUUUUUAGAAUGCUUUUAAUGAUUUCAGGAAUGGAAUGUGAGAACAUCUGCUGGUACCUUGCACAGCUUUCUUAAGGUUAACUCUGAUCAUUUAGAUGUCUGUUUCAGUAGCAAGUACAAAAAAACCUGUAAAAUGUAUUUUGCAAGAUGCAAUUACAAGUCAUCCAAAGUACUAAGUGGAACCAGAUUCUUGAUGCUAUGGAGGAAAAAUUGGAGUAUGACUCUGCACUAUUUGUUUGUGAAUGUGGUGGUUAUGCCAUUUAUGGAGAUCAGCACAUUUUUUUCUGGAUUCAUGUGUAAUUCUGAUUUAAAUUGCUGUUUGAGAGUAAUAGAAUAAAACUUUUGAGAAGUUGUGUUCAUAGUCUGAGAAAAUAACCAAUUGAAUUGCAAUAUAUAUUUUUCUUAUCCAAAAGGUUAAAUGAAUGAUGUGACUUACUGAUUCAAAAGAAUUAGGACCAUGAAACUCUUUGAUUUUCAAAUUAAAUAUACAAAUUCAGAUUCCUGUCUGUUUUAAAAAGUCACUGAAGUCCUCAGUUUAUGCACUAUCUCGUAGAGGUGGGGGUGGGAGAAAAGGAGGGAAGGGAAGAAAAUUGUUUUUCUUAGCCGUCUACUUUGUUUGGACACUUUCUUUUGUGGCUCAAGUGCUGUUUUGUGUGUUGGGACCAAACAAACAGUUCUGUCAAUAAAAAUUUUCAAGCAAG